GUGCUGGGAUUACAGGUGUGCACCACCACGCCCAGCUAAAAAUGUUUAGUCCAAGACUUAACAAGGGUCAGCUUGCCCUGUUGGAGCCAACGUGUGUUUUUGCACCGCCCCCCUUUUUCUUCCCCUUAUUCUUUGUGCUGCUUUAGAAACUACAAAAGCCUAAACACUUAAAGUCCUUUGGCCCUAUCAUAGGUCUUUCUUUCUUUUUUUUUGGUACCGGGAAUCGAACUCAGGACCUUGUGCUUGCCAGGCAGGUUCUUGCGCCACUGAGCUAUGUCCCUGGCCCCUGGCCCUAUCAUAGGGCUCAGACCCACAAAGCCAGAUGUUUUGCAUAGGGUAAUAGCAACAAUACUAUUCAAAAAUUCAACAGCCUCAAGGAAAAGUUUACCGUGAGUACCCAGUGGUCCAAGUCCCUCACAAAAAGAUCUUUUGGAACCCUGCCCCUGGCCAAUAGAAAACACCAGACUCCAGCCCUCUCCAACAAAUCAAUAAAAAUCUGCUCUUUGUUCUAGGACCAGCAGCUUGGUCACUGUCUAGAUUGUUAUCUCCUUUCAGUCAUAGUCUCACUUUGGCUGAAGCCUCUUUCUCCCCCAGAAAAGCUUUCCCUGUGCAGAAGUGUGUGUGUGUUUGCAAUAUUUGGCCCAGUCUUGGACCAAGGUCGUAAGAUCACAUCCUCUAGUACCAGGUGCUAAAGAGAUUACCUGUUUAUUCCAGCCAACAGUUAAAGAUAGGACCCCUGACUCCCUGCUUCUGUGAGAAGAUAAGCCCUAGAAGUAAACCCGGGUGUUUCCCAUGGACCAACUCUCCCUCCCUAAUUUUUUUUUUGUUUUUUUUUGUUUUUUGUUUUUUUUGUUUUUUUCCCGUACCAGGAACCGAACUCACGACCUUGCUCUUGCCAGGCAGGCACUGUGCUGAUGAGCUAAAUCCCGGGCCCCUUCUUCCUAAUUUUUGUAAUUGUUUAUUUUCUUGCCUCUACUUCUUACUCCCUUAUUCCUCUGAAACACUCAUUCCCCCUGCACAAAAUGGAAUGGAGCUCAGCUCUUUCCCCUACUGUCAGCAGUUGCUAAGUAAAAUCUGUUUUUUCCGCCUCACCCUAUGUCUAGCUGCGUUUCUCUGUGACAUGGCGCCCUCCUUCCUGGGCCCGCCUGGUAUUCAGUCAGGUCCUAUUGUGCCCCGGGUGUGGAGGACAUUAUUUCGCAAUAAAAAGCAACAGGACACCAAAAUCCCUGGCUGCAAAAAGCUCAAACGCUCUCUGUUAGGAGGGGACUGGGGUGACUCCCUCUCCUUCUCUGUCAUUCCCGUGUGGGGGUGAGGCUUCUGCAUAUCACCCAGACUAAACGAGGGUCCUGGGCCCCAGAUGGCCCCGUCCUGAUGAGGCAGCCAUUUUGUAUAAAGAAAAGGCCCGGGGGUACACCUCAAGGCCUCCAAAAGUAAACCUGUUGAGGAGGUCACCGAAGCCCUCUGCACCGGGGCACCACUGAUCCUCUCUCUCCCAGACUCCUGCAACUUUUAAAGCUCUAAUUCCAGCCCAAGACCCAAGUGGGACCCAGCCAUGGGUCAGCCCACACCCUCGCCAGGUCCUACUCUAGGGAUAUGCCAACCCUCCAGGUCUGGACUGGCAGCGCCGCAGGAGGCCGGAUCUCCCACCCUUGUAUUGACCGCCCCCCGCCCCAUUCCAGCACAGAUCUUCAAUCCCCUCCCCAAAAGAAGUCCAGUGAUCUUCCCUCGUCCAGAGACAUUCCCCCUACUCCAGCAGGACAGCAGGACUACGAUCUCCUGGUAAUUGGAGGAGGAUCUGGUGGCCUGGCUUGUGCCAAAGAAGCUGCUCAGCUGGGAAGGAAGGUGGCCGUGGUUGACUACGUGGAGCCUUCUCCCCGAGGCACAAAAUGGGGCCUCGGUGGCACCUGUGUCAACGUGGGCUGCAUCCCCAAGAAGCUGAUGCAUUAUGCUGCGCUGCUGGGGCACAUGAUCCAGGACGCCCACCACUAUGGCUGGGAGGUGGCCCAGCCCAUCCAGCAUGACUGGAAGAAAAUGGCAGAGGCUGUGCAAAACCAUGUGAAGUCCUUGAACUGGGGCCACCGUGUCCAGCUGCAGGACAGAUCGAAGGUGCCUUGGAAUACGGAAUUACAAGCGACGACAUCUUCUGGCUGAAGGAAUCCCCUGGGAAAACGUUGGUGGUUGGGGCCAGCUAUGUAGCCCUGGAGUGUGCUGGCUUCCUCACGGGGAUCGGCCUGGACACCACCGUCAUGAUGCGCAGCAUCCCCCUCCGAGGCUUUGACCAGCAAAUGUCUUCUUUGGUCACAGAGCACAUGGAGUCUCAUGGCACCCAGUUCCUGAGAGGGUGCACCCCCUCCCGCAUCAGGAAACUCCCAGAUGGUCAGCUCCAGGUCACCUGGGAGGAUCGCCUCUCUGGCAAAGAGGACAUGGGCACCUUCGACACAGUCCUCUGGGCCAUAGGUCGAGUCCCAGAAACCAGGAGUCUCAACCUAGAGAAGGCAGGAGUGAAUACCAAUCCCAAGAAUCAGAAGAUUCUCGUGGACUCCCAGGAGGCCACCUCUGUCCCCCACAUCUACGCUAUUGGAGAUGUUGCUGAGGGGCGACCUGAGCUGACACCCACGGCCAUCAUGGCAGGAAGGCUCCUGGCCCAGCGGCUCUUUGGGCAGUCCUCAGACCUGAUGGAUUAUAACAAUGUUCCCACGACUGUGUUCACUCCACUGGAGUACGGCUGCGUGGGGCUGUCAGAGGAACAAGCUGUGGCCCGCCAUGGGCAGGAGAAUAUUGAGGUUUAUCAUGCAUAUUAUAAACCUCUGGAGUUCACAGUGGCUGAAAAGGAUGCAUCCCAGUGUUACAUAAAGAUGGUGUGCCUGAGGGAGCCCCCACAGCUGGUGCUGGGCCUGCAUUUCCUCGGUCCCAACGCCGGCGAAGUUACUCAAGGAUUCGCUCUGGGGAUCAAGUGUGGGGCCUCCUAUGCACAGGUGAUGCGGACGGUAGGUAUCCACCCCACCUGCUCCGAGGAGGUAGUCAAGUUGCGUAUCUCUAAGCGCUCAGGCCUGGACCCUACAGUGACCGGUUGCUGAGGUUAAGCCGCCAUCCCUGCAAGGCUAAGGGUACACAGUGUGCCACGCCUACCGCCAGUCUUCACAGAGGCCCGAAUCCAGGACCGGAAGGCCAGGUCUGGUGAGCCGUGGCCUCUUCCUGGAGAGCCUGGAAGAUGUCGAAUGGAGUGGCGUGACUGCACUGCUGACCUGUGUGCCCUGCUGGGAUGGUUCCAGGGGCUGUCAGCCCCAUAUCUGCACCCUCUCCCCUCUUUUGCCUGGGCCAGGCCCCCCAAGUCCCCAGUGCCAGAUGAUGAUGGCCUGGGCAGAAACCCACCUCGUGGGCUGUCCAUGUCUGAACUCCCUGGCAUUUCUGGAGUGCAAAUAAAGAGGGUGUUUUCCUAA